CCCAUGAGCAAUCAGUCUGCACCACCGACGUCUAUUCUGCCAUAUCCUCGUCUUCUACCCAUCACUCACCCUCUUUUCUGUCACAUUACUUCUCUUACUUGGACUUACUCGCGCUAUAUACCCUUACGAACCACCUGCCCACUUAAGACCAACGUCCGAUAAGCCGGCAGACAAUACGGGCCACCGAUAUGUGACAUCCCUGUGUAUAUACUCCGUUGCCAGUUUAUUAUGCCGUUCGAUUUGUUAGAAAGGCACCAAGGUCGAACCCCGGCCGAGCCAGAUUGGGAAGAACCUUCUAGGAAGAGAUUGCGCCCAAAUCCAACGGAAGAGGAGGACUACCACGAUCACGCACCAGAUGGCUCCAAGGACAAGAGCAUUACCAUAGCCUCCACCGCGAAACAUGCUCGGCAGACCGUUGCUCCUUUCCUCGCCAAACACAUCCCCUCGCAAUAUGCGCCGCUUGGAAAAGAUGACAAGGCUGUGGGAGAAACACGGAAAGAUCCAAACACCAAGUUCUGCUAUAGGCAUAGACCCGACAUGCUGUGUCGCAGACAAGCAGAUGAGCCGUCUAUGGACAAGCUGCAGCAGGACCUAGAUACACUCUCGCAAGAAGAUCGCCAGGGCAUUGUCCAAGUCUGGUCGUUGUUCUCCGCUGCACCCUCGAGACAUCGAAACCUCAUGCUACAAGGUAUCCUCGCUCAAUGCUGCUUCCCGCAGCUGUCCUUCCUCUCCGCAAACGUCCAGAAACUCAUCCGCAUCGACUUCAUCUCGGCAUUACCUCCAGAAGUGGCCUUCCGAAUACUCUGCUUCCUUGACACGACAUCGCUAUGCAAAGCUGCACAAGUGUCCCGCAAGUGGAGGCAGUUGGCGGAUGACGAUGUGGUUUGGCAUAGGAUGUGUGAACAACAUAUUGACCGGAAGUGCACAAAGUGUGGCUGGGGCUUACCGUUACUGGAGCGCAAGAUGCUGCGUGCUUCAAAAAGACAGAUCGAGUUGCGUGCCGCAGGUACUCAUGUGGCCGAGGAGCAUUCUUCGAGCUCAUCCCAGACUGUGGACAACGGUCCUGGACCAAGCACCGUGUCAGAUAGUGAAGACCGCCAUGAUGUCUCCGACAUCGAAAAGUCAUCUGAUGGUCGUCUCUCUCCGGUCUCCGUUCGAAGGCCUCCUCUCGGCACGAGUGACAGCGAAUAUAAAAGAACAAGGCCUUGGAAAGAUGUUUAUAAAGACCGGUUCAAGGUCGGAACGAAUUGGAAAUAUGGGCGUUGCAGUAUAAAAAUUCUCAAGGGCCACUCGAAUGGUGUGAUGUCUCUUCAACUUUGCGACAACAUCCUUGCAACAGGCUCUUAUGAUUCAACUAUCAAAAUAUGGGACCUCGAUACUGGCACAGAAUUGCGAACACUUACAGGGCAUACUAUGGGCAUCCGCUGCUUACAAUUUGACGACAACAAACUGAUCAGCGGCAGUCUGGACAAGACACUCAAAGUGUGGAAUUGGCGCACUGGAGAAUGCAUCGCCACUUAUCAAGGCCAUUCAGGAGGAGUAGUUGCGCUACACUUUGACUCCAAUAUUCUAGUGUCUGGCUCUGUAGACCACACCGCUCGAGUGUGGAAUUUCCAAGAUCGGUCAGUGUGCACCCUCCGUGGGCACAAAGAUUGGGUGAACUCUGUCAAAAUCGACACUGCCUCACGCACCAUCUUUACCGCCUCGGACGACUGCACUGUUAAGCUCUGGGACCUGGACACGAAGAAAUGUAUCCAUACAUUCGAAGGACACGUUGGUCAAGUCCAACAAGUUUUGCCCUUGCCGGCCGAGUUCGAAGCAGAUGAGGAUCAGGACCAGGACGAGGACUCAGAAUCAGGCAGUCCGGUCAGCCCUACCGCGGCCAAAAUCAAUCGUAAGAUGCUAUCCAUGUGCAUCGACCAUACAGGUCAAUUCGCUUCGGAGCCUGAUCGACCUCAGCCACCACGGUACAUGCUCACAUCGGCAUUGGACUCGACCAUACGCCUGUGGGAUGUCCAUUCGGGUCGAUGCAUCAGGAAAUUCUUCGGGCACGUCGAGGGUGUAUGGGCUAUUGCCGCGGACACGUUGCGUUUUGUGUCCGGCGCAGAGGACGGAAUGGUCAAAAUCUGGGAUCCGAGGUCAGGCAAGUGUGAAAGAACGUUCACCGGACAUGCAGGACCAGUGACGUGUAUUGGGUUGAGCGACAGUCGAAUGUGCAGUGGCGGGGAGGAUGGCGAAGUCAGAGUAUACAAUUUUACGGCCUGAUCUGUAUUUCUGAUUCCAGAAAGGAUUGUUUUCAUGGAGUCAUUAUCUCGCAUCGUCUACGGAGUAUUACACUCGAGCGGAACUUGGAGUUUUGGUUGGGAAAAAUGGUUUUGGAAGAAUAGGACAUUUGGCGUCGGUGAUUGGACAUCUCGUUCACCAUGAUGAUGAAGCCUCCCAGGAUACCAAACGAUCUAUAUCGUUACUUUGUUUUGGUUUCAGCUUCUCGGGAGCUACGUGGUUGGGCGUCUAGGAUAUUUCGUGGUCAUGGUGGUCAUCUGAGUCGAAGUUGAUGUAUGGCCAGGUAGACAAAAAUCAAUACCAAUCAUUUCUAUCAUACACG